AGAUUCAACGAACAGACUUUUUUUAAAGGUUAAAACCGUCAAUAAAUUUUCAAAAGCCGUUACCUCUACCGGUUUUUGGUAGUUAGGAAAACUGAGAGUUUGCCUUGAGGCACUCUUGGUCCAACCCCUCAACCAAACUUUCGAUAAGCCAUCAAUAGGCUUGCCACAGGAACAGCGUGCACCUGCAGCAGCCACAGCUUCCUGUCUGCGCCAUUCGAUUAUAUAAAAAACUUUUGUUUCGUAUUCACAGCAGCCGCCACGUUGCAUAUAUACCGAAACUCUGGAGAUGUCACUGAUGUUGCAUUUAUUGUUGUUGCUGCUGCUGUUUGGUGAGGUGCCAGCAUUUGGACGCAAGGUAAAACGAAAGGACGCCCAUUACCAUUUGAAUGUGCCACCACCGCCGCCGCCGUUGCCACAAAAAACAGUAGCAUCCGCUCAAACGGUUGUUAUCGAUCAUGAGGUGCCGCCGUACGCAUUUGAAGCCAUCAACCAUGAUGAGUUUGAGGCGCCACAGCAUCCCCAGCUGAGCGCACAUUAUGAGAAUUCCGAUUAUAUUUCGCACAGCGGUCACAUCAGUGGCAGCAGCAGCGGUGGCAGCGGCAGCGGAGGUUACCUGGUGGACAAUGGCCUGCGCAGCAUUGCCAAGGGGUCAGCGGAUCAGGCCAGCUCGGCCGUGGCCAGCCAGAAUGCGGCCGGCAAGCAGGCCUCUUAUGUGGCCAAGAGCACACUGGCUCAGGCAGCCGCUCAAGCAGCGGGCACAGCUGUUGCCGUACUGAAGGGCAGGGAGGUGCUGCUGCGCCGCCUGGAGGAGCAGAUUGUUGAGGCACACAAGGCCGUGGAGUCUGAGCUCACCCAACUGCAGCAGGCCAAACGCUCCGCCAAGGCGGCGCAGUAUGCCGCCCAGCAGGCGAUCAACCAUGUGAGCGUGCUAACUGCAGCGCUCAACAAUGCACAGUCCGCCUCAGAGCUGGCCCAGAAGGCGGUCGCCGAGGCAGCCGCCGAGCUGUCAUCACAAAUCGAUAUGGUCGCUCAGGCCAAGAGCAAGCUGGAGCAGACCGAAUCGCAGGCCUAUGCGGCGCGUCUGGACUACGAGGAAACACGCGAGGCGGCCGAGAAGGCAACACUCUCCGCCCAGGAGGCGCAUCUAAAUGCCAACGAUGCGGCGCUGCACGCCAACGUCGAGCUCAGCGAAGCGGUUCACAUCCAUGACAAGAGCGACCGCAAUCUGGACGAGGAGUCGGCGCCGUCUACACGCAAGCGCAAGCGGUCGUAGGACAGGCCUCCACCUGAAUGCCUAACGGUCUCUUGG